UUUACAGGGGAGCGCUCAGGUAGCCGGUCGCCGAACGCGUCCGGACCGCGUCGAGAACCGUCGAGUUCGGUCUGUCCGCUACCGUCCGGCCGGAAAACGGCAACAACUCUCUCUCUCUCUUUUUUUUCUUUUUUUUUUGAAUAAUUACAGCUCGACGUCACCGUAACUUGUUGUAGUUUGAAAGCGGCUCGGGCUUCCCCUCUGAGCGGGACUCUGCCACAAUGCACGGGUUAGCCGGCUAACUAGCAUCCGCUGUUCGGGGAGAGAAGCGGAGCCCGGGCUCCUUUUUCGCGGCUGCGUGUGGGUGACCAAACCGGAUUAAACAUGGGGGAAAGUAACUGGUUCGCCGAGGCGUUCCGCUAUCUCCAAGACCCCCACCUCGUCGCGCGCUUUCAGCGCAUUUGUGGGGUUCGCGGGACGUUUUCGGAAACCGUCUGUGCCGGCAGUACCACCGGCGGCAGCGGGAAGGGAGCGGACCGGACUCGCUCGCACAACAACGGCUCCUGCCAUCACCACAUCACCGGGGAAAAUGAGAGUGAAAACCUCGCCGUUUUAGGAGGAGCCGGUGAAGGGGAGAAAGUAGCGACGGCAGCCGGGGUCCGGAAGAGGUUUGCCGAGUCAAAUGUUAAGAGAAACCACGGGGAGGAAAGCGAAUGUGGUCCCCAGAACGGGGCAGUGGCGUCCGCAGCGACCGCCGCGGGAGAAACGGUCGCUGCGAGCCUCCCCGGCGCUACAGCCGCGGGUCAGGGCGGCAGCAGCGCAGCCGGGCCGGACUUUUCUGAGGCAACCGCGUUAGAGGAGAAGAGGAGCGAGAACGGCCCACCGAGCAGCACGGUGAAACCCCUCCGCAGAAACUCUCUAACGGGCGACGCCGGGCAGGAGUUCCUGAUCGAGAACCGGCUGUUGUACUACCUCUUCACGUUCGGAACCGAGCUGGGCAACGAGUCCUUCUACAUCACCUUCUUCCCCUUCCUCAUUUGGAACUUGGACGCCUUCGUGGGCAGGAGGCUGAUCAUGGUCUGGGUCUGGGUCAUGUAUCUGGGACAGUGCACCAAGGAUGUGAUCGGCUGGCCGCGGCCCGCUUCACCGCCCGUGGUGAAAGUGGAGAUGUUUUACAACUCGGAGUACAGCAUGCCCUCCACGCACGCCAUGUCGGGCUCGGCCAUCCCUUUCUCCCUGUUCUUCAUGACCUGCGGCCGGUGGGAGUACCCGCUCGCACUGGGCUUCAGUCUGGCUCUCUGCUGGUGUCUGCUGGUCUGCGUCAGUCGAAUCUACAUGGGGAUGCACUCAGUCCUGGACGUGAUGGCCGGCGUCCUGUACAGCGUCCUGAUCCUGCUUUUCUUCCUCCCAGCCUUGGACCUGAUUGAUGGCUUCAACCUGACCUGCCGCUACGCCCCGCUCAUCAUCAUCUCCCUGCACCUCGGCCUGGGCCUCUUUUCCUUCACCCUGGACACCUGGAGCACCUCGCGGGGGGACACCGCUCAGAUCCUGGGCACGGGGGCCGGCGUGGCGCUGGCCUCCCACGUCAACCACUACCUGGGCCUGAUACCCGACCCGACUCCGGACCAGCUCCCGUUCAGCAUGCCCGCUCUCAGCGUGGGUCUUGUGGCUACGGCCGCGCUGCGGCUCGUCCUGGGCGUCCUGGUGCUGGUGGCCACGCGGGCGGUGAUGAAGGCCAUCACCAUCCCGCUGGUGUGCCGGGCGUUCGGGGUCCCCAGUGGGGACGCGAGGAAGGCCAGGCAGCACAUGGAGGUGGAGCUGCCCUACCGCUACAUCGUGUACGGGACGGUGGGCUUCAACGUGCUCUUCCUGGUCCCGCUGCUCUUCAGCUGCAUGCAGCUCUCCUGACUGGAUGUUAGCUCACUUCAUAGUCAGUCAUUGACGAGAAAACAGCGAGGUGACCCUCCAGGUGUUCACCAGAUGCUGUUAUCAGAUCACUUUUGCCACUUCUUUUUAUCCAAAACCACUUUCCUAACCAGAGGCAGCUGGUCUGGGACUGAUGAAGGUGAAUUAAAGCCUCAACACUGAUCUGGAUGCUGCCUUUUUUUAAAUCGGUUUUAUAGUUUUUUUUCUUUCUCCUGUCGGCUCAGAGUAGUGCUCAGGAUGGAUGAAACAGAAGCAGCUGAUUGCUUCUGACAGCUUCCCUGAGUGCGACCUGGCGGCCAGGAGAUCCGCUAAAUCUGGCCGGUAAAUCUGUCUCUUCUAUUCUCUAGAUUUAUUUCAGAUCCAAUCAAAUGGCUCCACUUGACCC